AUGCCGGAUUCUCCAAAUUCUUCCACCUCUUUUGUGGAACGUACGGGAACACGUCGUUCAAGAAAGGGUGUAUCAGAGGAACAGAAACAAGCUGUGCGCGCCUAUUGGGCCAAUUCUGACCCGCGUCCUACGCAAAGAGACUGUGUUGUUUGGUUUCAGACCAAGUAUAAUCGUUCAAUUACCCGCUCAACUAUAUCAAGGAUCCUUUCGUCCAAAUAUGCGCAUCUUGAUACCGGUCCUGCGACUCCCAGUAUGCGCAGAUCAUCCUCUCAAUGGCCUAUAUUAGAUCAAAAGCUUGUGGAAUGGUUAGAGAGGUAUACUGCUUCUGGAAAGCGGGCGAACCAGGCUUUAAUUCAAUACAAAGCAGCCACAUACUGGGGCCAAAUACCCGAAUACCAAGAUCUACCAAAGCCCGCUUUCUCCGAGGGUUGGGUACACCGAUUUAAAAAUCGCCAUUCUGUUACCUUCUCGCGUGGAGCUCCUACCCCAGAUCGGAACCGCAUAAGUACCAAAAUGGGAAUGAUGGCACGUUGCCAGUGCUACAAGGUGCAGUUCAUAACACCAACAGACAAACCACUCGCACUUUACGCAUGCCACUGCACCGAAUGCCGCCACCAAAGCUCUGCUGCCUUUGGCAUCACAGCCGUUUUUCCUUACUUUGAGCUUCCAGAGACUACGUCCGAAUAUAUUGGAAGCUACACUCGCAACACGCUCACAGGGAGGCAUAUGGAAUGUCUUUUUUGCAAGAGCUGUGGUUCUCGAUUGCUGCAUCGCUUCCGUGAUGCGAUACCUAGGCCUGGCGAAAAACCAAACCCUUUUUCAACUACCAACGUCAAGAGUGGUUGUCUUGAGGGAUUGGACAAGGAAAUGAUGAAGGGAAUUGUUCAUAUAUGGACUAAACAUGCGAUCGUGGAGAUUCCCGAAGGCGUGGAGCAGUGGGAGGAAGCGCCGCCAGUUGCGAAUCCCCUGGAACGUUGA